UCUUCUGCUGGAUUACUCUGGACUCUGACUUAUUCAAAUCACGGCUGAUUCCAGCUGGCGAGGAUCCUGUCAUCUCAUCUCAUCCGUUGUUUCUGAAAACCAAAUGUCAACACCUCAAGGUCGCUGGAUCUUCCACCUGCUCUGAUGUCUGGCCCCGGCAUGCCGGCCCAUUACUAUGACAACAGGACGGAGGCUGGCAGAGGACGUGGGAAUGAGCUAUAAAUAGAUGCAGGGCAACAGGAAUGAAUGGAGGAGCCACAGGCGCUACACCUGAAUCUGACGCCCCCCUUGAAAGGUCUUCAAGUUGCCUCCCUUUCUGUCGUCACCUCUCCUACAGACGGUGUGAAGGUCCUUGGGGUCGGGUCCUGCAGAACGCACUUGAUCAUUACCUGUCAACUUGAAGAUUUGAAUGGCGCCUGUGUCUGGUUCAAUUUGGCGUCCUUGCCUGAAGACACGAAAGACAAUGGAGUCCAUUGGAAGUGUUUUGCGGCGUAAAUAAGUCUUCCACGAUGACCAUCGUGAAGUGACAGAAUGCCAUCCUGUUUUUGUUGGCGAAACCAAAGCGCGAGUGACGGUGACGGACCGUACCACUUCCGCACCACCCCCUCGCCAGCGCGCAGUGAACUGAUCCAGCUCGUCCACCGCCGCCGCCGCCUCUGAGCACAAGCGCUUCGUGAUGGCGGUGGACGGUGGCGAGCGCAAUUGUGGCGUGCACGAGUUGGUCUGUGUCAGAAAAGUCUCUCCAGAGGUGCUGGGGAUCCUGACCGCCAUCUGCCUCUUCAUCAUUCUCAUGACGUUCAUCUUCUGGUACGUCAACAGCAAGUUGACGCUGGAGAACCCAGGGAGCCUCCCGUGCCUGGAUGAGUUCAGAAAAGGCUCGGAGCAGCAAGACAAGGCCCUGAAAGACAGCGGGCCACAUGCUACCUCGUCCGACAGCGAGGAUGAGGUCAUGGGUCAGUACCAAGAAGCCGUGACUCGGUCCCAAGGUCUGAAAGGUGGAGCCAAGUCGACAGCUAACCUCCUCAAACGUGCAGCGGGCCUUCGGUGGGAGAGUCGGCACAAGUAUAGCGCUCUGAUGUCCAAUUACAGCGGUUACAGCAGCGACGCCUCGGUGGACGAUGCUAAUUGCAUUCAGAGGAUGAGGAGAACGCCACCUCUGGACGAGCUGCAGCCACCACCCUAUCAGGAUGAGAAUGGCUCCCCACGAAUGUCCUGCACGCUGUCAGACCUCUGUGAUGCCAAGUGUGACCUGUCCCAUACCAGCAGCAGUCCCCACCUCUCCUUUGGGAAGUGCCCCAGUGAGGGCAGCGACGGCCAUGAGACGGAGAGUUAUCUCAACAAAGGUUACGAGGAGGAUGUGCCAAGUGACAGUACUGCUGUUCUCAGCCCAGAAGACAUCUCUGCCCGUGGGUCGGCAGCUCGUCUCCUUAGAGGAUACGAGCCAGAUGCGAUUGCCAAGUAUGGCACCCUAGACGUGGUAUACGACUACGAAUCGGAUGAACAGCAGCUCGUGGUGACCAUCAUGGCAGUGACUGACCUUCCUGUGCUCAAACGGUCAGGAAGCCUCUCCUGGCAGGUGCACCUGGUGCUGCUGCCCACCAAGAAGCAGAGAGCAAAGACCGCAAUCCAGAGAGGCCCCUGUCCCAUCUUCAAGGAGACGUUUCGCUUCAGCCACGUGGAGUCAGAGAUGAUUGGAAACUAUGCCGUUCGAUUUCGUCUGUAUAGCAUGCGGCGGGCAAAGAAGGAGCAGACCAUUGGGGAGAAGAUUUUCUACCUGACGAAGCUCAACCUUCAGGGAAAAUUGCCUGCCCUAGUCAUACUGGACUCUUGCUCCAUACUGCAGGGUGGCGAGUCCCAGGUCAGUCUCUCAGAUUUAACCUGCAGUGAGAGCGUCUCAUCAUUCCAGUCAAUCAGCCAAGCUUCCACUCCAGAGAUCCUGGUGGGUCUGGUGUACAACGCCACCACUGGGCGACUGUCUGUGGAAGUCAUCAAGGGAAUCCACUUCAAAAACCUUGCUGCCAACAAGCCACCCAACGGACUGUUCUGUUGUCUCAAGCACUUGAUAGGUGGACAGGUUUAUAUCAUCAGAGACACAUAUGUCAAGCUGACGCUGCUCAACUCCAUUGGCCACGAGAUGUCCAAGUGCAAGACGUCCAUCUGCAGAGGUCAGCCCAACCCAACGUACAAAGAGACCUUUGUUUUCCAGGUGGCUCUCUUCCAACUGUCGGAGGUGACUCUCAUCCUCUCAGUCUAUAACAAGCGCAGCAUGAAGCGGAAGGAGAUGAUUGGCUGGAUCUCUCUGGGCCUCAACAGUUCUGGGGAGGAGGAACUCACACACUGGACUCAAAUGAAGGAGUCCAAGGGUCAGCAGGUCUGCCACUGGCACAGUCUGCUGGAGUCCUAACAGAACCUCAAAGAGAGGGCGUGACCGGUGGUGACCAGGAGAGCACGUCCUCUGGUGUGCCCAGACGGGCCCACAGCACACCGCGAAGGAACGUGCGUAAUGGACAAGUUGCCCAGCCUGAGAGACGGCUCCAGGGUCUUGCACAUGCCUUCUGCAUCCUCUUUGCUCAUCACACCUGUCCUCUUCAUUUCCUCCUUCACCAUUUGGUUCUCUUACUCCUCACACACUUGCCCUAUUUGUCUCCUCUGAAAGGAGAGUCCCUCACACCAACAUAGCAGCUGCAGAGAAAUCCAGUUGUGGGUCUUUGGGGUCUUGUCUGUGAACCGUGAAUCACAUUUGAACACAUUUGAGAAAGACGACGUGAUUGUGCAUGUCAAAGUGGUGUUGAGUCAACAGAACCUCAAGCAAACAACUCCUGUUUCUGAAGAAGUGUGGGGCUGGAUGUGGAGGGCCCACUGACCCCUGAUAUCAGGAAUGUCAGAGGAAGCCCACCAGCCUGCAGGUCAGUUCAGGCACUCUGAGUCAAGCCCGCUGAGCUACCAUUGAGGUGCUGAAUGAUGCAAGGCACAUGCGGUAUGAUGAACUUUGGUUCGCUUAGACAACAUAAAAAGCCACACCUGUUUUGAGCACACAUUGAAUACGUUUAAGCACUUUCAUUCAAAAUGACAUUUAGUCCUGAAGAAAAACCAACAACUUUGAGUUCUGAUGAUGAAUGACCAGCCCUGUGCUUCUUCAGCCUGGCACUGCAAACAAAAGCACACACCAUGAAAACACGACCUGGUGACGAGUUCAAAAUAGCACUCUUUGAAAAACCUUUAUAGAUGUUUUCCUAUCUAUUUUUGUAUCAGAGUUUGUGAGCAAUAUGAUAAUAGAAGCUUCAUCAUGGAUUUAUAUGCUGUGAAAUGUUGGUCGGUGCCUUACUGUUCCACUUCAAGCUCCUGUCUGGAUGUGCGAAUGUACUUUGACUUCAAUAUAUUU